AUGGACUCUCAUCAUCACCAUCAGCAGCAUCUUCUCUUCCUGCGGCCACCACCAGGGACUGUUCAGCGACCAUCAAGUCUGGCGGGAACCGAGGCUUUUCUGCGAUGCACAACUCCCACCUGCCGAAAUGUGCGGCUGUGAGGGCUCCUAGCAUCCUUCUCUAGAGACAACCGCGGAGAGGUUGGAGGUCCCUUGCACAUCAAUGUCUCUCACUCCGAGUCGAAAGCCCUCAUCAGGUCAGCGCAGGCGCUCAGUGGGCACUAGUGGCGGCAGUGGGCGAUAUUCCAGUGAUACAUCCAGUACCCACACCUACCCUGGUCGGGGCAGGGCAGUGGAGAGCAGCCCCACCGCCCGGACGUAUCCUAGUACACCCAGGCGUCAGGCAAAGCACACAGCCUGCAGCGACAACCAUGGGAUCAGGCCCCCCACCCCGGAGCAGUACCUUACACCUCUGCAACAGAAGGAGGUGUGUAUACGACAUCUGCGAGCCAGGCUGAGGGAGAAUGUUGAAAGACUACAACACAGGGACUGUGAAAUAGAUGAGUUGAGGAGCCAACUGUACAGGAUGCAGGAAGACUGGAUAGAAGAGGAAUGCCACCGCGUGGAGGCCCAGUUAGCCCUUAAAGAGGCACGCAAGGAGAUCCAGCACCUCCAGGAAGUGGUAGAGUCAGUGAGGUCCAACAUUGGUGCCCGUGAACAAGACCCCCACGACCACAAGCCAUACUCAGGGUUGCAAGGAGCUCGGCCAGGGGGGAAGUCUCGCUCCUGUGGCUGUUCCCCGGCCAGCACUUUGAGCCGCAGCACCACCUACACCCGACUGAGCAGCGAGGCUCUGCAGCUGGAACGCAGCUCAAACGCUCCUGAGGUAAGUGGAGCAUCUCGCCCAGCAGGACAAACCCACCUGCUCCUGGAGGCAGCUCUCCUGUCAGAGCAGCUGCCAUCACAGGGCCACAUCCGAGGCCCCCUUACUGUGCCACGCUCUUCUACCUAUGAAAGGCUGUGCAGUGGGGGGACUGUGCUGCCGAUCUCACACUCCUGCCACACUCUCAGUAGCAGCUGUCGGUGCACUGGACACUCCUACCUCCCCCAUCAUCACUUGUUCCUGCACUUACCUCAGGAGGAGGCCCCAGUAACAGCAGCAACUCCUGCUGUCCCUGUCACUGACCCUAUCCCCACUCCUGCUCCUGCAGCAGAGAAAAAGCCAGAGGUCCGCUCUCAGGCCUGCAGCCCGACCAUGACCUGGCUGUGUGAGGAGAGCGGUGCAGAGGAGCUGAGUGUCAUUUCUUUAGCCACAGCAGACGUCACUCCCUCGGAGACACAUCUAAUCCCAUCCUCUUUCCCUCCUGCGUCCCCUCUUGAGCAUUCAUUCAUCUUAGAGCCGCUGCCACCCGACAAACCAGAGGAGGUAAUGAAGAUGCCAGCAGAGCCCCACACCUGCCAGCCCCACCCUACAGCUCCACUGCCAGUGAGGCAGGAAGCUACAGUACUGGAGAUAGAAGAGGACAAUACAGAGGAAACUGAAGGAGCAAAUGAAGACGGGUAUCCCCCUCAGCUGUGUCACUGGAGCCGGUAUUUCCUCAUAGAUCUUUUGGCUUUGGCAAUGCCGGUGGUCCCGACCAUGGCGUGGCUGUGUCGAGGGGCACCACGGGACAUCAUGCCAGUGUAUCAUAUUGGGUCCCUGCUGAGAGGUUGCUGCGCUGUGGCCCUCCACUCGCUUCGCCGCCAGGGUGCAGGCAGGGGACGCAGGCCUACCAGCAUGAAUGGAACAACAACGAUCUGACAUUUUGUGCUCCCUCUGACAUUCAGAAAACAACCUCCCAACCUCUGCAAGCGCAGCCACAAAAAUGUGUUGGAUAUCUCCUCUUAUAAGAUUUUUAGAUUUUACAUAACGCCCUUGUGAUUUUGUGGUCAUGCCUUGCCUUAGAGAACAAAG